CACCGCCCCCUUUCACCACAUCCUAAUUCUUGAGCGAGUGAGCCCCCAGGCGGCGGCGGGGCGGAAUGGCGGACCGGGGCUGGAUCCUGGAGCUGGACAUGGAGGAGCUCCAGGUCGAGGAAGUCGACGACGCUGAAUCCUCUUCCUCCUCCGAUGUUGACACCUUUCUCAGAAACAAUCAUGGGGAUGGAGGGUCUAGCACUUCUGAAACACUUACAUUCAACAUGUCGGUUUCUCUGCCAACCUGUGAUGGCGAGGUUUAUGGUGCCCCAGGCAGAUUUGCUUUCUUGGAUGGUGGCAUGGUUCUCAGUUUACCAAUAUUUUAUCUUCAAGGCGCUGUUUUGUUUCCUAAAAAUAACCUUCCGAUCAGAGUAGUUCAUCCUAGAUCUUUGGCAACUGUUGACAAUCAUGUUGACACUCCAUGCAUGAUAGGUAUGGUUGAUGUUUACCGACACACUGAUGAUGGACACCAUGCUAUUGCUUCAGUUGGGACAACAGCGGAGAUACAUCAAAUUAAACGUCCGGAUGAUGGCUCAUCAAAAGUUGUCACUCGUGGUCAGCACCGUUUUCGUCUUAAAGACCAUUGGAUCGAUGCUAAUGAUGUUCAAUGGGCUGAAGUCCAAAUCAUUGAAGAAGAUAUACCUCAGAGGACUCUAAGAGAUGCAUUUGGCCAGUUAGCUGCAAAUUGUAAUUUCAACCAGCGUGCCUCAUCGGUACCCAGUUUCAGUACAUCUUGUCUCAGACAACAUGAUUAUGUGGAUUCUGAUACUAGUACUUCAAGUGAUCAUUCAAUAACAGAUGAAAGAAUAUACUGUUCAUCAAAUGAAGAUGAAGAUAUCAUGCAUGAACAGUAUUGGCAGCAGCAUGAUUUUCUGAAAAGAAAUUUGGCAUCAAGGAAUCCAGUCAAGCAUGGAAACGUAAUAGACAGGGAUGAACCUUGCUUCCGUUCCAUGAAAUCUUUAGCAACAAGAAAUACAAGUGUCGAACAACGCAGACAAAUCUGUGCUGCUUAUAGUCCAAAGCUGGCAUUGCAGGCUCCAUUGGCAUUUUGGCCUCGCUGGGCUUAUGAAAUGUAUGAUUCAUAUUCACUUGCUCGCAGAGCGGCAGGUAUGAUGUAUGCAUGGAAUUCUGUGGCGGAUUUGUGGAGACAAAUAAUUGUAAAUCCAAGCAUGGAUGAUUAUGUGAGAAAUCCAGAUAUUUUGUCAUAUCAUAUUGGAAGCAAACUUCCCAUGUCAGGGUCUAUGAUACAAGAAUUGCUUGAGAUCGAUGGGAUCUCAUAUCGGCUACAGAAGGAGAUCCAGCUACUCAAGGCCUUUAACAUCAUAAGAUGCAAAAAUUUCAUGACUCUUAAUGCAAGGCGUAGUGAUGGCUCUGUCGGUGCUUAUGUCAAGCAGUUCGACAGUGCGCAAGAGAUGAUGACAGUGUACAAUGCAACUGGUCUUGCACUCCGUGGCAAUCCUUCCAAAGCUCACAGUUUGUUUCCAGGUUAUACAUGGACGAUCGCACUCUGUGCUGCCUAUGAGUCCAACAUAGGCUGGCUGUUCAGGGCGGACAAGACGAAUUUGCUUCCCAAAUCCUUAUGGGGGUUACGCGACUCCCAAAUUUCAGAUGACACAACAGGACAUAACUGAAACAUGAAAAUGGCGGAUAGAUCAGGCCUUUGUCAAUAUGAUCUGGGGUCACCUGGUCAGCUAAGGCUUCAGCUGUGCAAUGCCAAAAGGCAGA